GCGGGGGCGACGGGAAUAUUAUCCCGACGACGCAUGGCGACUCACGUGCUUUCGAACGCAGCAACGCACAAACGAGUCCUUAAAACAUCGGUAAACACGAAUGCUGUGCUCAGUACUAGUAGCUGUGAAAGACGAGCGGAGGCGCGGGUGUAUAUAAUCGCCAGAUGAUAACAGCCACACAAAGGAAAGUAGGGUUUGUCGUCGUAACUAAGAGUUGCAUGGUAAUACCCAGUCAUCAGCGAACAGUCAAGGAGUUUGGAAGCAGCGAAAGUAUAAAGCCAACGCCAGAUCAUUACUUGCCAAGGACUUAGGUCAGAGUUACUAGUACGUUUAAAGGUGAAGUCAAGCGCACCACGGGUAACAUCUAAGUUGCUGAUGUGAAGUUUCGCUAUCUCACCUACACCUAGCUAAGGAGAUCGAGAGGAGCGUGCAUGUUCUCAGAGAGGUAGAAGCUACCCCACACUAAGCCAGCAUUGCGCCGACAUCGCGAACUUCCGGCUUCUGAUCUCCAGUUCGGCUCCAUCGUAUGAAAGCUGCGAAGAUCUUCAACAACAACAACAAGACCGUCGUUAGACAACGUCACUACGGAGCAGAGUCACCUGCGAUUACUAGUGGCAACAGGCUGACGUCGGGCUCCACAAGCACAGCCCGGGUGCCUUCUCAUCCUCGUCUCUAUCACGUUAGUCUCAGCAAGACUCGUGAGCCGAGCAGAUAGGAAGAAAGAUGAUGCAACCGGAUGAGAGGGAGCUGUUGAUUGGCGAUGUGGAAAGGCCAGAGACACAAGCGGAGAAGAUGAGCUUUCUCGACAAAUGGAAAGAAGCUGCCACCCAGAAAGCAUUCGAGUGGUCAAGCAACAUCCUAAGCCACAUGGUCCACCACGAUACGGUGAAAGUGCAGCUUGUCGACGAGUCCUGCCUGGAGCAUGGCUGUCACAUUGCCAUGCCCAAAACUCUUAGCAUGAUGGUCGGCUGCUCGGUGCCUCCCAGCUUACAGGACAGGAUCAUGCUAUUCCAUCAUGGUAUCGUAAUACGCAAUGGUAGCAGUGUCUACGUCAUCUCCUACACAGACCCAGGCAAGGAUUAUGAACCGGAUCACCAACUACUGGGCACAGGUAGUGAGCAGGGCGGCAUCGAAGAGACCGACGGCUACAUAUUCGGCGACUGGAGGCGGCAGCUGACGUACAAGAAGCGCGAGGGCCUCAUCAAGCUGCUGAACCGCUCGGUGGUGCGGCCCGAGAGGUACUGCAUCAUCGUGCAGCCGCUGAGCGAGUUUUCGUACCAGGGCAAGUAUAUCCAGUACAACUACGGUGGCGGGGAUGCGGAGUACCCGGACGGCGCAACGCUCAGCUUGGUCAACCCGUGCCGACCGGAGAUGGAGCUGAAAAAUGCAGCCGCCGUGGCCCGGUUCUUCCUGAAGCACCCGCAGGCAUUCGGUCACUACAGCAUGUGCGACUGGAACUGUGAGAAUUUCGCGACAUUCGCACGCACCACCACACUGACGGCAGCGGAAUUGGAGGCGAAGUUUGCCGAACUGCAGCGCAGCGGACGCACAGCGUUCAGCCAGGCGUACCUGGAGGAGAAUAGCGAAACGUCAUCACGAGGCAUUACCCGCUACCUGGAGCAAGGACUCAAAGUGAUCUUCACCAUUGUCGAGAUUGACCUGCAGCACGACUGCAGUCCACCGUCGUCACACCCGUCGUCAUCGUCGGAAGAGGAGGACAGCGAGGGCAGUGAGAGCAGCCAGGGAAGUAGCCCAUUGCCCAGCGACACGGACGACAGCUGCGACGAAACACCCCUGUGAUCGAAUGCACUGGGCCGGGCAGCCUGAGAGGAUCAUACAACGGUUCAACCGACUGCGCUGCCGUUGUUACGCUGCUGCUGUUUGGUGAACGCAGGUACACACAACACAGGGGUAGCUACACACGCAUGCAAACAUUGGACUUCAAGUUCCAAGGCAGUAUCUUAUGGAGCCAGUCGAACGUACUACAUGUAUCGGAUCUCAUCACCGUGCCCAUCUAUGCACCAGGAGCACGCAAAAUGACUGAUUACAGUAUCAGCAGCACCGUCAGGAGAUGUAGCCAUUCCUGCGACUUGACAAGGAGCCUAAUAUAUAACCUUACCCUCUGGAGUACCCCCCCCUGCCCUGCAGGACAUGUUUAUUACCCGAGCUUCUGCAGUACACCCCCCCCCCCCUGCCCCGCAGGACAUGUUUAUUACCCGAGCUUCUGCAGUACACCCCCCCCCCCCUGCCCCGCAGGACAUGUUUAUUACCCGAGCUUCUGCAGUACACCACCCCCCCCCCCCCUUGCCCCGCAGGAUAUGUUACCUUAGCCUCUGCAGUACCCCCCCCCCCCCCUUCCCCUGCACUUGAAGUAUGGCUUCGAACAGCGAGCAGGGGCACUGACGCAUGAGCUCAUGGCUGUACUCAGUGUACUGACCACUGUCUACAUGUGCGUUUACUAGUACCCAUACGACCAGCAUAACAUUGAGCAAGAACUGGUACUACAACUUUAAUGCACUGCCGCUCUUUGAUCCCCAAUCUUCACAACAACUCAUACUGCACCAUGCCAACUAGGAUCACCGUUUUAGUUUUAGUUUUUUUUUAGUUUUUUUCUCAUACCAAUAUUAUCUGUCGACUGAGCAGCAUGCAGUCCACCAUGUGUCAUUACUAGCCGCAGAUAGAACACUGUGCUCGUACAUGCAUGCAUAGUAUUGCAUACAGUGCACUCACAGCAUACUUGAGUAUAAUUAUUAUGAUAUUGACUCUCAAGAGUCAACUCUCCUUUGUGUUUUCAUCGAUUCACCGUGGCUGCUCUACAGAGCUUCAAAGGACUUCUAGUAAUGUCAAAUUAUCCUGCAUAUUUCAACAUAGUGAUGUUUGACAAGAUGAUAAUUUUUUUAAUUGAUUACGAAAGUGAGGUUCGAGUUCAUUAUUCAUUUUAAUUUCAAACUACAAGUAAAAAUUCUUAUUCUCUAGCAAUUCCAACAUCAAUAUCCACUCAUUAUAUUGGAUACCUAUGAGCAGAUGGAAGUUGUAAAAACAAGUUCAGUAUUAACAGAA